AGCAACUCCACACGGGUCCUAACAGGUCCAGGAACCCUGGCUUUAAAUAUCUGUGACUCUUUGUUGUUAAAAUCAUGCGCUGGCGUCAAAAGUUUCACUUUCCUCAGUGAUUUGACAUUGUAAGGUCACGUCGUGAUACGAAGAGCAAGCUAACGAUCUCGAUGGAUCUUAAAAACCAGAAAUCAAAGCUAUCCUUCUCGAUUGAGAAUAUUCUACGCGAUGAUUUUUCUACAAGGCCAAGAAAAGAUGUUCCUACUCUGAUACCAUCCAUGAAUUCUAGUUUUGCGAAAUGGCCAAAUAUUCCGGUGUACCGCCUUUGUGCAGUUCGCUACAACCCAAUGUUUGUGCAAGUUUUGCCGCGAUGGCCAUACGCUGGAACCAAACUGAACAAGGGGAGAACUGAGGAUCAACAACCGUGCCAGGAGCAGCAAACAAACAUCGAAGCCGACGUUGGUUUCUCUGCCUGUGAAACCCAAGAAGGCGAAGACGAAAGAAAUGAAAACAAAGCCAAGAUAGAAUCUAAAUCAGAGAAAUGCUUGAAAGUGAAAGCUUUGGAGAGAAAACGCCGUCAUCGCAGCCAUUUUACUCAACGUCAGCUUCAAUAUUUAGACAAAAUCUUUUCUCGCCAGCAAUAUCUCACUCGAGACGAGCGCACGCUAUUAGCAAGGGGCCUGGAAAUGACUGAACUUCAGAUCAGAAACUGGUUUCAAAACCGUAGAUACCAGCGAAAACAUCGCGCAAACAAGACCACGAAACCAGAUGAAGAGGGUUCACCGUCAAGUGUGAGAAGUGAAGAUUAGGUCUUCGGAGAGAUUAAGUCUAAUUUGAGCACAGUCGAAAAAGGAGAGAAUAAAAAAGGCUUUCUGAAUAUUUACUAAAGGAAUCUAAAUGGAUUCAGUACAAACUGCGAGUAAUCAUUUUAUUAGAUUCUACUUAUAAUAAGGAACACAGUUUAUUCAAAGCUUCGCAAAGAAGGGCAUUGAUGUUAACGUGAAUGAAACGCCUUGUAUUAUUAUGGCGUUAAAAAAAGUUUCAAGCGGUUUAAACCAAAGUAAAGAAAUACUCUAUCCAAACGUUAUUUAUAUCGAGCUAUUUAUGCUAAUCCUUGACCAAAAAAAAAACACACGUUCAGUUCUACGAGGGACUAAAAAAACUCCUGAUUAUACAAACUAUUUUACUUAAGUCUAUGUUUUUGAAACUCAUAAUACGUGACUUGUAGAUAUUGUAGAAAACUAUUGUGUGAUUCAUUAAAUGUAGAAACAGAAAUACGAAUAUACUUUAAAGAUGGCGA